CGGAGCAGCGGCCCCAUGUUUCUGGACGUGAUCUUCUUUAUACCCACACUGUUCACCUACCUGUUGAUUGGGCUUCUCAUUGUCAUCCUGUGCUUUGUGGUGGUCUAUAUAAGCCACAAGAUCUACGUCUCUGUGUACGACAACCUGCCACUGGCCGACUUGCCUGGAAAUUCGCGUCAACAGCUAAUGGGAUUGCGUCACUCCAACCAUGCGAUGACCAUGCGAGAAUACCUGGAUAGCUCGCUCCGCAACCCGCGCUCCAAUCAGCCGAGCUUGCGCUCCGUUUGGAUCCAGAACAGGUCCCAGAUCCUGGAGUCCUCCUCGGUCCUGCGGAUAGUUCUGUCGCUGGAGCCUUGCUAUCUGGUCAGCGCGGAGUUCGAUGUGAGUUCCAGUCGAAGGGCCGUUAGUUUCAUGUGCAACUGCCGGGAAGAGCCCGUAUGUGCUGCCACAGAACCUCGACCCUCGGGAUCCGUACACAUUGUUCGGUACUUUGACCACCUCUCCAAGAUCCCGCGCCUCAAAGUCAUGCUCAAGUGCAAUCAAAGGCGGCCGGAACAUAGGCCCGAUAGCCGGACGCAGCUGACCCUGAACGACGUGAUCCUGGAGGCCAGGGAUGCCCAGGAAGCCCCAAGUGCCCAGUGUACGGAUAACGCUGCCGCCUGCAGGCCUGUUAGCACGAGACGAAACUCCCGGCAACCGGAUUAGGGGUGUGGCUAUUGGAUAGGGGGUUAUGGGUCAUCUAAAACUGGCUGCUGUAAUGUGGUAUAUAACUCGUUUUAUUAAAUUGUAUACAAAGAUCAA